ACCGCAGACACAUCGGACAGAAGCAAACUGUGUGACAGCAAAAUCUGUGCAUAAAAGAUGGCAGAUGCACCAGUUGCAACUCCCGCAGAGAAGAAGGCACCCCCCAAAUUCAAGCAGAGGACUCAACGUACCUUCAAGAGCAAGGCCCCCAAACCAGGCCAGAAGGGAUUUGGAGAUGACAUCCCCGGCAUGGAGGGUCUUGGCACCGACAUCACAGUGGUCUGCCCAUGGGAAGCCUUCGGUGACAUGGAGCUCAGCGACCUGGCGAAAUAUGGAAUUGUCUAGAAACCCUGCUGUGUCAUCACCAUAACUACUUUACCUCCCUGCACAGAUUUUCCUUCGCCCUGUCCUCCUCUCUUGCCCUGGUCUCCUUCACCGACCAAAAUACCUGACGUGAUAUCUGCUGUUCUGUUAGGCCCACAUGGGUUUUGACAGACAUUGAACAGAAAUUGAUACCCAAAGCUGAUCCAAAUUGUGUAAAAUUGGCAAUUGCAAUUUAAAAGUUAUUUUAUUAUUGAUUUGCUUACUGAAGUGUCUCUGCUUACGCAAUAACGCCAGACAUUUUUCCCCAAUACUUUGCACUUGGCUUGUAUAUUUCUGAGAGACAAUGGGUUUGAUCGCUGUUUCUACAGUACAUCAACACUAAACACUUGCUCCUCUCUCCUGCCUUUUCCACUCAAUGACCCUCCCCCUCUUUGGAGAUAUUCCUUUUUUAUGUACAGCUGCUUAUGAGAUAUAUAUUUAUUUUUAUGAACUAUGAUUGUAAAUGUGUGCACA